CACUCACUCACUCACUCACUCACUCACUCACGCACUAACUCACUCACUCACUCACUCACUCACUCACUCACUCAAAGUACUCACACAAACACUCUUACUCCUUCCCGGGUUACUGAAAGCAUCAUGCCCCUGAGAUCCUUUUGUAUGUUUUGUUUGAGUGCCCGGCAGGGGCGCCACUGGAUCAGGUUACGUAGUAGAAAUCUGAAUGACGGACACAUCCGCCUAUUGUGUUGUAAAGGUUAGUAGAGAGAGAGAGAGUGUGUGUGAGUGAGUGAGUGAGUGCGUGCGUGCGUGCGUGAGUACGUGCGUGCGUGCGUGUUUUUGUGAACUCUAAUAAGGUUAUCCUGGUCCAUUUCCCUCUUCCCCUCUUCUCAUCCAGCCACAAGAGUGUUAUCACGAUAUAUAAGACCUUUUUGUCUUUCUUUUAGUCAUCCUCCCCAUGUCUCUCUCUCUCUCUCUCUCUCUCUCUCUCUCUCUCUCUCUCUCUCUCUCUCUCACACACACACACACACACACACACACACACACACACACACACACACACACACACACACACACACACACACACACUCUUUUGCUCUUUUCCUCAUAUAUGAGUUUUUCUCUCUAUCUCUCUCUCAAUCUAUCUGUCUACCUGCAUAACCUUGCGUAAACGAAUGUGUGCGUACGAAUGCAAGUCGACUUCGAGGCCACGCACGCCAGGAAUGAGCCGAGUGAGUGUGUCAACAUCAGCCAUUAUCGGAAAACCAUGACGACUGGCCAGGAGACCUACAAACUGGCAGCGAAUGGUAUGAUAAUGCGAGGAAAAGAGAGGUUCCUAGAGGAAAGAAAAAGAAAUAGAAAACAGAGAGAAAGAAAGAAAGAAAGAAAGAAAGAAAGAUAAAUAUUCGAACGCGGAGUAAAUUGGAAGGAGAAUUCGGAAUGCGGAAUAGGACGCCGAUGCGGACACGGACUGCGCCAGAGAUGAGGUGGCUGCAACACGUCCGUGCGCUCGUCCGCCCCCGAGCCUGCAGAGGGUGAGAGCAGCGGAGCCCUUACGGAGUGCGGCGAGGCGAUGCCAAUGGUCCACGGCAGAGACUGUGGUGGCGGCAGCGAUUUCGUUCAUGGGAGCUAUGAAAAAGGCCGGAAGACAAGUGCACAAGUUUGGCCUAAGUCCUCACGCUUUCGACGCACCGGAAGUGCCUGCAGUCGCUUGCUGGAGGAAAGACUUCGGUUCUUGACCCGAAUCUUCCAGGACGACCGCUGAUCUCAACCUCACUUGCAGUCUUCGAUUCGAAGAGCACGGCAAUGUUCUGCCAACAUUUUACAGUCUUUUUGGACAUCUUGUAAGAUCCAGUGUGCCGCCUGACACAUUUUAGUUUGCCUUCUUUGUCUGGAGCAUUUUUUGUUGUCACUUCGUAAAUUAUUCAGAUUCGAAGAUGUAACACGUGUGAUGUAGAAUCAAAUACACUUGCUAAUGCCAUUUUUAAGAAUACAGUAACUGUAACUCAGCGAUUUGUAUUCAAUUCUGAUAAAUGCACCAUCAGCUGAAUGAUACAUAGACCGUUUAGUAAGGUUAACAUUCCCUAAGAGCUUUUGGUAUUUCAGAUAAAGGAUUUGUUGGGGCGUUUGUCUGCCACCCUCUGGCAGCCAGACUUCUGGUUACCCUUAGGAGUGACCUGGGAUGACCUCCGUUCCACUGAUAGCUUCCACUUCCCGGUUUUUUCCGACGUGUGGAUCUACCCGCCUGCCUUUGGCUUGUGCUUGAUGCUGUUCCGCUUCUCAUUCUUGGAGCCCCGUUUGUUCCGCCCCUUGGCGCGCAGCAUGGGUGUCUCCGACUGGCGUCCGGCCCCUCCGGCCUUCGAUGCCACUCUCGAGGCCCUUUAUCGACGCUACCAGACCAAGGUUCCCGCGCAGGUGAUCGUCGAGACCUCGAAGACCAACAACUUGUCCCCUCGCCAGGUGCAGAGAUGGCUGAACCGAAAGCAUGCCGUAUUAAAAUCAACCAGGUACGAGAAGUUCAUGGACUGCGCUUAUGAUUUUUCUUGUCACACUUUUAUGUGUAUUUUUGGCUUCGUCGUCAUGGUGACGAAACCAUGGCUGUGGAACAUUACACUAUGCUGGAGGGAUUAUCCACAUCACAGCAUAAGCGCCGACGUCUGGUGGUACUACAUGCUGUGCUUGGCUUACUUUUGGUCCACAACCAUCAUCCAGAUACCAAAGCCGGCACACAGAGUCUCAGACAAGGUUCAGAUGAUGUCGCACCAUUUGUUUACGAUUCUCCUGAUGGUGUUCUCGUGGACAUGUAACUUCGUCCGCGUUGGGACGCUGGUUCUCGUGGUCCAUGAAUGUGCCGACGUCCCUCUUCAGGCCGCCAAGAUAUUCAAGCACGCAGGCAUCGACACACUCACAGAUGUGAUGUUCGCGGUGUUCGUCAUCCUAUGGCUGGCAACCCGCUGUUGCGUCUUCCCUCUCUGGAUCAUGCACAGCGUCUUCUUCGAGGCCACCACCUUCAUGUUCAUGCCCUCAGCCUACCUCUUCAUGGGGCUUCUGGUGGGCCUCCUCGUCCUCAACCUGGGAUGGACGUGGAUCAUCCUGAGUAUUGUGGUCCGGAAGCUCAGUGCAGGAACCUUACAGGAUGUCCGGUCGUCAGGCGAAGAGGAAUCGGAGGAUGAGUCCCAGAUGAGGAAUGGGAUCAAAAGGGAGUAGGAAUCUGGCGAAGACAGAUGCUCCUUAGAGUUUUUUCUUGAAGUGGAGAAGGGACACCU